UGCCAGCUAUUGAACUAUGGCAUUCCACGAGAUUUGGUACACUGUGGCCCUUGGACUUCUGCUGCCUUUUUCUUAUGCCCAUACAGACUUCUUCACUUCCAUUGGUCAUAUGACGGACUUAAUUAAUACAGAAAAAGAUCUGGUGGUGUCACUGAAAGAUUAUAUCAAGGCAGAAGAAAGCAAGCUGGAACAGAUCAAAAAAUGGGCAGAGAAAUUGGAUCAGCUGACAGAUACUGCUACGAAAGACCCAGAGGGGUUUUUGGGACAUCCUGUAAAUGCAUUCAAGUUGAUGAAGCGGCUUAAUACAGAGUGGGGUGAGCUGGAGAACCUGGUUCUGAAGGACAUGUCAGAUGGCUUCAUCUCCAACAUGACUAUCCAGCGGCAGUUCUUCCCAAACGAUGAAGAUCAGACCGGUGCAGCAAAAGCCCUCUUGCGGCUUCAAGACACAUACAAUUUGGACACAGACACUCUCUCAAGAGGGAAUCUUCCAGGUGUGAAGCACAAAUCCUUUCUAACAGCUGAAGAUUGCUUUGAGCUGGGAAAGAUUGCAUACACUGAAGCUGACUAUUACCACACUGAGCUCUGGAUGGAACAAGCUCUGAAACAGCUGGAUGAGGGAGAAGUGUCCUCUGCAGAUAAAGUCUACAUCCUGGACUACCUGAGUUAUGCUGUGUAUCAGCAGGGGGACCUGGCUAAAGCCAUGACGCUCACCAAACGCCUUCUGGAACUGGAUCCUGAACAUCAGAGAGCAAACGGGAACAUGAAAUAUUUUGAAUAUAUCAUGGCUAAAGAAAAAGAAGCAAAUAAGUCCAGUACGGAUUCAGAAGACCAGGUGGAGAAGGAAACUGAGGUUAAGAAAAAGGAUUACCUACCUGAGAGAAGGAAGUACGAAAUGCUGUGCCGUGGGGAGGGUCUCAAAAUGAGUCCUCGGAGACAAAAAAGACUCUUCUGCCGUUACUAUGAUGGAAACAGGAAUCCAAGAUACAUUCUGGGCCCUGUCAAACAGGAAGAUGAGUGGGACAAACCUCGAAUUGUUCGCUUCCUUGACAUCAUCUCCGAUGAAGAGAUUGAAACUGUGAAAGAACUAGCAAAGCCGAGGCUGAGCCGUGCUACUGUUCAUGACCCUGAGACGGGGAAACUGACCACAGCACAUUACAGAGUCUCUAAGAGUGCGUGGUUGUCUGGAUAUGAAAGCCCUGUGGUAUCUCGCAUCAACACAAGGAUACAGGACCUAACAGGACUUGAUGUCUCCACAGCAGAAGAACUGCAGGUAAACUGUUAGGACGAGAAUGA